AUGACCAAAAUCGAUGUCAUCAACUCCGGGUUCAAUCUCGGAAACGAGCUCGACUACAUGCUCGAUCGAAGCUACACCGCGGCAUCCCGACUCAACUACCAAUUCUACCUCUGGAAAGACACCCUCCGAUUCAACCUCCAUCCGUCCAUCCAGCUGCCCAAGGAUGAGUCCACUCCCGUCCGCAUCGCGGAUCUGGCCACGGGCACAGCGAUCUGGCUCUUGGACCUCCUCCGAGAUCCUGCAGUGGCACGGUACAAGUCCAUCCGACUGGAUGGCUUUGACAUCGAUCUGGCAAACGCCCCUCUUCCCGAAUGGCUUCCCACGCCGAUUACGCUCCGCCAGCUGAGCCUCUUUGAGACCGUCCCCGGCGACCUCCGCGGCAACUACGACGUAGUCCACCUCCGCCUGUUAGUCCUCGUCGUGCAGAACAGCGACCCUCUCCCGAUCAUCAACCAGGCGUACCAGCUGCUCAAGCCGGGCGGCUACAUCCAGUGGGACGACCUGAACUACCCCGACGGUGCGGUCGUCAAGGCCAAUGCCCUGCGCGACGUGGCCACUCCCGCUCAUGAUGCGUUUCUGCGAUUUGCACGGUCCAAUGGGCGCAAUGACUGGGUCCUCGAUCUUCCGCGUCAUCUGAUGUCGCGCCAUGGUGGGUUUGAGGAUGCGCAUAUACGCAACUACACGGACCGCGUGGAGUUGCGCAAGGCAAACGGCGACCAAUACAUUCUGGUCAUGGAGGAGUUUUCAGCUCGCCUGAAACGUGCAGGCAAAAUGGAAGACGCGCAUAAUAUUGAUUUGAUGAUAAGGGGAUUGGCGGAGGAGUCACGGCGGGGGGUGGGCUUGUCCAUGCCGAAAGCUGUGUGUGUUGCUCGGAAGAAGGGUGGUCGAGCCUAG